CUUCAAGCCCAUAAGUCUGGGGCGCAAUCAUCGCAAGGCAUGGAAAUCCCGCCGCAAGGACGGAAAGAAAGAAACCAAAAGAAAAAGAAAAAGAGAAGGAAAAGAACCCUAAAAAUGGCAGUGUUCAGCGCAUAGUCUUAAAUGGUCUCCCUGUCUUCUUCGUCUUUCGAUAUCCAUUUCAUAAUUGCUCGUGCCUAUGGCUUCUAGCAGCUCUUCUCCCCAUUCUUCUUCUCCUUCUUCUUCUUCUUCUUCAGUUGCUAUUUAUUCAAGUCAGUUCUCCGUUUCUUUUGGUCCGGUGUUGCUCUUUCUGUUCUGCAGGGGAGGUUUUCAAGAGGUUUAAUGGCGAGGCUUAUUCGAAAUGCAUCUUUUCUUGGGCGCUCUCUUUUUCAGCGCGAGGGCUACAGGAGAGGCAUAUUAGGAACUUCUACUCAAAUAUGUAAUUUUUCAACCAAAGAUGGGAGUGAUUCUUCUGAAAAGAAGUUGUCUAAGAAAGAGCUGGCCUUACAACAAGCCUUGGGUCAGAUAACUACCACAUUUGGAAAGGGGUCGAUCAUGUGGCUUGGCCGUUCUGCAUCAUCUAAAAAUGUCCCUGUGGUUUCCACAGGUUCGUUUUCUUUGGAUAUGGCUCUAGGAGUAGGUGGCUUUCCUAAGGGUCGUGUAAUCGAGAUUUAUGGUCCAGAGGCAUCUGGAAAGACAACUCUUGCAUUGCAUGUAAUCGCUGAAUCCCAGAAGCAAGGAGGUAGCUGUGUCUUUGUUGAUGCGGAGCAUGCCUUUGAUCCAGCCCUCGCUCAGGCUAUUGGAGUGAACACUGAGAACCUCUACCUAUCUCAACCUGACUGUGGUGAACAAGCUCUUAGUUUUGUGGAUUCCCAAAUCCGACGUGGUUCUGUUGAUGUUGUUGUUGUUAACAAUGUAGCUGCUCUUGUGCCUAAAGGUGAAGUCGAUGGUGAGAUGGGUGAUACCCCCAUGGCUAUGCAGGCUAGACUCAUGGGCCAAGCACUUCGCAAAUUGUGCCAUUCUUUAUUCCUAUCACAGACUAUAUUAAUAUUUAUUAGUCAGAUAAGGUCAAAGCCAUCCACUUUUGGAGGAUCUGAAGUUGUUACAUGUUGUGGUAAUGCGGUAAAGUUUUAUGCCUCGGUCCGUCUUUUUGUUUGCAGAAUAGGUUAUGUCAAGAAGGGGGAAGAGGUGAUAGGAAGCCGCGUUCAAGUAAAAGUGGUAAAGAAUAAGCUUGCUCCUCCAUUUCGUAUUGCUCAAUUUGAGCUCGAGCGUGGAAAAGGUAUAUGUAAGGAGUCGGAGAUUAUAAUUUUGGGGUUGAAAUAUAAAUUCAUGUCCCAGGCAGCUUCACUCUAUCGCUUUCAUGGUCGAAGCUUCUACGGGAAAGAAUCCUUGAAAACUUUUCUGUUAGAGAGUGAAGAUGCUAGGGAAGAACUAAUUACGAAACUACGGGAGAAACUACUCGAUGCUGAAAUGGGUAAGCCACAGAAUAGAGAUGAAACAGAAGGAAGUCUUCAAGAAGAUGUUAUCACACCACCUAAUUCUAGGGACGAAGAUGCAGUUACUGCUGUAAAAGUGAUGAAGAAUAAUAAGCAUGCUCCAUUUCGAAAUGUUCAAUUCGAGCUCAAGUCUGGAAAAGGUAUAAGUAAGGAGUCAGAGAUUAUAGAUUUGGCGUUGAAAUAUAAAUUCAUAACCAAGGCAGGUUCAUUCUUUAAGUAUAAUGGUCGAAACUUCCAUGGCAAAGAAGCCUUGAAAACUUUUCUGUCAAAGAAUGAAGAUGUUAGGAAAGAACUAAUUACAAAACUUCAAGAAUAUAUUAUCACGCCACCUGAUUCGACGGAUGAAGAUGCAGUUACUGCUGCAGAAGCAUAAGCUUGUGGAUGCCCUUCUAAUUGUGAAUUCAAGCACUUCCGUUCUUAUUAUCCUUCAUCUAUUCCUUCUCUCUCUUUGCCAUGCACAAAAUUUUGGGUCUCCUUGCCACAUUUUUAUAUCUUUUAGUUUGUGCUUUUGUGGUUCCAAUGAUGGAUGAUGAUUACCAUUGUAAUUUUACAUGAAGGAUAGAAUAUUGACAAUGGAUCUUUUUAAAGUUUGUAAUACAUAUAAUUUAUUUUGUCCUCUUGACC